AUGACUAAAUGUAGAUCAGUUACAUUUUUUCAAACUGUGAUAAAGAAUGUUCCUGUUUAUGUAUAUGGUCGUCGUUAUGGAAUAUUUGAAUGGCUUAAACAUCAAAAUUAUCAAUUAGGAAUAGCAGAAAUAGGUUCAAUAACAUCAGGAUUUGCUUUAUUUAAUGAAUUAGGAAUUGAAAAAACAAUUGCAACUACAGCAACUCCUGCUAUACCUGUUUUUUAUCAUUUUUUAGGAUUAAAAAUUCCUAUUGAUGUACCUGGUUAG